AUGGGAGAGGAUGGAAGCCAAGGUUUGCCAAAGCCUGCAAGGCUCGAGACGAUUGUCGGAGGACCCUCCAAGGAGUGGGAGGCAUGGUGCAGACACUACCGAAAGGCAUACGGUGUCAUGCUCGGGAACUUCGGCUACACGCCCGCCAAGAGCCUCAAGAAUAUCCCGUACAGCGAAGAAGGAACAACGGAUAUUGUUAGUGCGCCGAUUUGGAGCCCGGCCGAUGCACUUGUGGCCGUAUCGAUCCAUGGGGUCAGAACGGUCACGACCAUGGCCUCCACGAUUGCAUUUGGGGGUGCACCGCCAACGAUCAAGCCGGCGGUACCCAGCAAACCGCAGAGAUUCAUUGUUAUGCACGAUGGCCUGCUGUCCUUCAAGUCUGCCAAAUCUUGGCAUGAUGGUGAGAUGAACGCCCAUCUGAAGAACGCGCUGACGAAUUUUGGGUUUCCUGAUUCCGAGGUGCGCGUGCAGGCGUUCGACGAGGACAACAAACUCAAGGAUAUGGUCGACACUCUCGCGAUGAUGCAGAGCGAGACCUCCAUCCCGCCAUCGAAUGUGCACGUCCUCAUCCUUUGGAGAGGAGAGGAUCUGUGGAAGAUAGACCAGGACUAG